AAAGAAUCCAAACGGCCGCACCAACAGAACGAUAUAAGCAGCCGUCGACACCACGCAAUAAUUUCUAAACUGUUAUAUCUAGUAAAGUAGCAAAAUAAAAAAAUAUAUAUAUUUUAUUUGCGAUCGUGAGACGAUAGACCAUAGCGUGAGACUCGGAUGCUAUGUCGGAUGUAUCAAAGUCGACUGUAGUCAAUCGUAGUCGGUUGCUCGCUGGCGGGUCGUGCGUCGCAGUCGUCUGCUUCGUUUCUGGUUGAACCCCGCAGCGCACAGUGCCCCAGCGUGAACCGCGAGAGCAAAGACGGGUUUCGAUUUGGCUCAGAUUGCUUCAACCAGUGAUACAGGCAUGGGCAGUCUGGAAGGUGAAGUAAACCACUCGGAGAAUGAUUCUGUAGCUUUGCAAGUGAUGGAACCGGCGAAGGAGCAAACCAGUCAACUUCCCCAGCAGUGGCAAGAGCAGCAACCUAAGCAAAAGGUGUUCUGGGAUCCCGUGCAUGGCCAGAUCUCUCUACACCCGGUGUCGGUGGCCGUCGUAGACACUCCGGAGUUCCAGAGGCUCCGGGACAUCCGGCAGGUGGGGGUGGUUCACUACCUCUACCACGGGGCCACCCACACCCGCUUCGAGCACAGCAUGGGAACGGCUUACCUGGCACAAAGGCUUGGCCUGCACCUGCGUGAGGCACAGCCGGAGCUGCGGGUGACUGACAGGGAGUUGCUCUGUCUGGAACUGGCCGGACUGUGCCACGACCUGGGACACGGCCCCUUCUCUCACCUCUGGGAGCGCUUCUACAUCCUGGGGGCUCGUCAGAGGGGUGUGUCUCCGGUCUGGACGCAUGAGGAGACUUCCUGCCGGCUCCUGGGGCGCAUCUUUAAGAGGCUAGAGCCAACCCUGUCCACGUGGGAGCAGCGCUGGGCCCAGGGACUCACAAGGGACGACCUUGCCCUGAUCCAGGCCCUUAUUCUGGGAGACAAGGGAGCUGCAAAUCCGGCCAGGCACUUCCUCUUCCAGGUGGUGAACAACAAGGAGUCUAACCUGGACGUGGACAAGUGGGACUACUACCUGCGUGACUGCCACGCCAUAGGCCUGUCGUGCGGCUUUCAGUUCGAGAGGCUCAUCGGCAGCGCACGGGUCAUCGCCGGCCGGGACGGUGCCACCCACAUCUGCUUCCGAGACAAGGAGCUGAACACAGUGUAUGACAUGUUUCGCACUCGGAGCCUCCUGCACAGCAACGUCUACCAGCACCGCCUGGUCAAGGUCUACGACACCAUGGUCUGUGAUGCCUUGCUGCUGGCAGAUGAAAAGGUGACCGGCCUGGAUGGCCGUCCCCUGCGCCUGUGGCAGACAACGCACGAGGUUGGCCGGGAUUGCCACAACGACAGCCCCUCGGCCGACGCUUGGCUGGAGGCGUUUGUGGCCCUGAGCGACUCCUGGGUCCAGCUGAUGUUGCGCAGGAAUGCCGGCGGCCACCCGCAGGUGGUGCAGGCGCAGAUGCUCUGGGACGCCCUGGAGGCCCGCUCCCACCGGCCGGACGCUCUCUACCGGCACUUGGGGCGCCUGCCCUUCCUCCGGGGCACCCUGGACUCUCAGGAGAAAGUCCUUGACUGGCUGCUGAGCAGACUGCCAGCCCACCUGGCUCACUGUCCAAAGCGGCAGGAAUUUGUCAUAACGCUGGUGAAGAUCCACUGGGGCUGCGAGGAACAGGACCCUGUGGGCAGGGUGCUCUUCUACACCAAAGACCGGCCCGACCGUGCCCUGCGGGUCGACCAGUUGGCCCCGCCUGCCGUUUCCAUGCUGCCCGCCAGCUUCCAGGAGACCCGCUGGCACGUGCUGCUGCGCUCUGCUCCUGCGGAGGACCUCGCAGAGGCCAUCCGGCUCUGCUCACAGGAGUUCCGCACCAACGGACGGCCAACGUGAACCCCGCAAUGGUCAUUCUUUCGCGUAGAAGAUUCUAAGAACAGUCAAAGAAAGGAGCGUCUCAUUGUGGCAACGUCCGAUUCUACUCGUGGGAGCUCUUCACCUACGGGCGCCUGCUGGGAUCCUCAUGACGGUCGUUUUCUCGUGUGGAGGAAGCCGGGACCGGACGGCACUUUGCUGCUUCGACGCAACAAACAUUUUCGGUGUACUGGCAAUGCAGCUAUUGCAUUUUGUUUCGUCUUACGACGGGCCCCGGUGGAUGCUACAAACCAUUGGAGCCCAUCCAACGUCGUGUUGACCUUCGGGAAGGACACGGCAACGUGCAAGGCACGUAGAGUCACGGGAGAGAUUUGCGGCACCGGAUUGGCUUGUAACGUCUGCCGCAGUCUGUCGUAAGAGCGAAACAAACUUUAGAGAGAAUAAGAAAAGGAUGUUCUCAAAUGCCCAACCGGCAGUAAGGGCUGGCCGCCCUCGACUGCGCACGGUUCGAGCUCGCACGACACAGUCGAGUCUUCGUCGAAGGCACGCUGCUUGUAUAUCGGUAGUCCCCGGAAGCGAAAGACCUCAAGUUGGCGACAAAAAGAGUGUGGUGUGGGAACUGCAGAUACUUCGCAUAUCUACAGGGCGUCUCAAAUAGCGGCCAGGCUCUUUAAAUUGACCGCAAAAAUUGGCUUCUUAACCUGUCGCGCUACGAUUUUGUGCAGCAUUGCCCACAGGUGGUGCAUUUUUUCUAUAAAAUUUGCAAUAAGCGAACUUACCUGAGGAAAAAGUAAAAAAAGAAAAAGGCUUAACCUCUAUGGAGAUGCAGCGAAGCCACCGGUCUUCAAACUAUAGGGUGUUGCUUGGCACGGGAGAGAAGAAAUGGUGCAAGCGGUCACGACGCCAAUUGUUGCCAACAGACAAGCAUACGGCACUGAGAGCAGGCGUCAAAUAUCAGACAAACUUUUCGACUCAAAAGCGGCAUGAGCUUUUUCGAUGUCAGUUGCCAAUGCACGAUUUUAUCAUCCUUACGAGAAAAACGCACUGAAUGGACAGACAAUAGAUUAAAAAAUGGUUUGUCGGGUUAUUUUGACUGUUUUUUUCGGGGUACCUGUGUCGUCUGCUUUGCAGUUCCUUGUAGUUACCGCACCCGUUUUGGGUUAUGCGUCUGUCGCCGCCUGCGGAACCCACGCUGCUUUUGAGUCGAAAAGUAUGUCUGCUAUUUGAUGCCGGCUUUCGGAGCCUUAUGCUCGUUCGUUGGCGGCAGUUGGGGUUGCGACCGCUUGCGUCAUCUCGUCUCCCGUGCCAAACGGCGCCCUAAUGUUUGAAGACCGGUGGCUUUGCUGCGUUUCCAUACAAGUUAAGCCUUUUUCUUUUUUUUACUUUUUCCUCAGCCAAGUUCGCCUUUUGCAAAUUUUAUAGAAAAAAAUGCACCAUCUGGGGGCAAUGCUGCACAAAAUAGUACCGCGAUACGUUGAGAAACCGGUUUUCGCAUUCGAUUUAAAGAGCCUGGCUGCUAUUUGAGACACCCUGCAUGGACAGGGAAGGGUGCCCUCGACAUCUGGCACGAGCUCCGUGUUAUGUGAUCUCGAGAAGUUGCAACAUGCAAGAGCACGCAUGGUCCGAUGAAAGCGAGAUCGCCCCCAGUUCAAACUUGUCAGUGAGUGACAACAAACAAUUUUAGAAAGCGCUGGUUUAUUACAACGAUAUCACUGAUGCAUGCUGGCCAGAAGUUCUGACUAGGUGUGUUGUUUGUUUUUUUUCUUUUGCCAGCUGGAUGCUGCAGUGACCGUCGAAGACUAUUUCUUGUAUAAGUUGGCACAGUGUAGUUGAGGUGGCA